ACUCUCUCUCUCUCUCUCACACACACACAAAUUUCAAUGGAAUACUCUUCUUCCAAUUCCUAUUUGGAAACUGACAUUAAAAUCGAAAAUCUUGGAUUACCAGAGACGGUAAUCGGAAGCCAAGGCCUGAGAAAGCAGAUUCUCAGGAGAGGAAAUUCAUGGCAGACUCCAUUUCCUGGAGAUGAAGUGGAAGUUCAUUUCAGCGGGUGCAUUGAGGGUGGUGCAUGUCUCUUUACGAGUCGCGAUAAAGGAACUUCUUUUAGGUUCAAACUUGGCCAAAAUGAAGUUAUAAAAGGAUGGGAUGAAGGAGUUGCCACCAUGAAGAAGGGUGAGAGAGCAAGCUUUAUAAUACCGCCAAACUUAGCCUAUGGGGAACUCGGCUCUCCACCCUUGAUACCUCCAAAUUCAACUCUCAUUUUUGACAUUGAAAUGCUGUCUUGGACAACUAUCAGAGACAUAACUGGUGAUGGAGGAAUACUGAAGAAGAUAACAAAGGAGGGUGAGGGAUGGGCUACUCCCAGAGAAGCUGAUGAAGUGUUAGUGAAGUAUGAGGCUCGACUUGAGAAUGGAAAGCUUGUCUCCAAAUCUGAUGAAGGCUUGGAGUUUAAUGUAGGUGAUGGUUGUUUUUGCCCUGCAUUUAGCAAAACAGUGAAGACAAUGAGAAGGGGUGAAAAAGCCGAGCUAUUUGUGAAGUUCUCUUAUGGCUUCAGACAAAAUGAAAAAAGAGCAACAGACAUCGAUGAUGGUGUUCCUUUUGAUUCAAAUUUAACCAUCAAACUUGAGCUGGUGUCCUGGAAAAGUGUUGUUGAUGUCACCAGAGACAAGAAAGUCCUCAAAAAGAUCAUGAAAGUUGGUGAAGGCUUUGACCGCCCUAAUGAAGGAUCCUUGGUGAAAGUGAUAUACUUUGGUAAACUUAAAGAUGGAACAGUAUUUGAGAGGAAGGGAUCAGAUGAAGAACCAUUUGAGUGCACAACAAUGGAAGGACAGAUAAAUGAAGGCUUGGACAGAGCAAUCAUGACUAUGAAAAGGGGAGAACAAGCGGUGGUGACUGUCAGCAUGGAACAUUUGCAUAGCAACGAUGCUUCAGGAAUUGCAAAUGAAGAUCUAUUUUAUGAAGUCCAGUUGAUUGACUUCAUCAAGGAGAAACCCUUUUGGAAGAUGGAUACUAAAGAGAAAAUAGAAGCAUGUGAGAGGAACAAAAAUGAUGGAAAUGUGCUGUUUAAGGCAGGGAAGAUCUUAAGUGCCUCUAGGAAAUAUGAGAAGGCUGCAAAGUACGUGGAGUUUGAUCACUCUUUCACUGAUGCUGAGAAAUCCAUUGCAAAUGCCGUGUGGUUGUCAUGUAAUUUGAACAGAGCUGCUUGUAAACUUAAACUCGGGGAGUUUUUGGAAGCUUCAGGACUAUGUACAAAGGUUAUAGAACAUGAUCCAUUGAACGUGAAAGCUCUGUACAGAAGAUCCCAAGCAUACCUUAAAAUAUCUGAGCUAGAGAAAGCAGAGGCAGAUAUUAAGGCAGCUCUGACCAUUGAUCCAAAUAAUAGAGAUAUGAAUGCCGUGUACAAGGAGCUCAAAAAUAAACAGAGAGAAUAUGGUAGAUAUGAAGCUGAGAUUUUCGGCACCAUGCUUUCCAGAAUGGGAUAGUUCUAGAAGCAAACCUUCUCAAAGUGAUGCCGUAUUGUACGGCAUGUGGCCUUGUAUUGUUGUAUGAGUAAUAAUACUAUACACAUUCUCAUUUUGUUAACCCUAUUUUCUUACAUUUAUAUGAUUUUUAAGACAAUCGUUAGAUUUA